GUUAAGGUGCCCGCCAACCAACGUAGAAAACAAGUCAAUUCAUGGUUUAGCGCUGGGGAGGAACCAAGUGCAAGAGACGAGCUUUCCAAUUUGAGAAGCUCUACAAAGCAAAGUCCUUUACUACUCUCCAAUUGGCCGUCACCUUCCCCAGACAACACCACUCCACUUCCUAAAUCACUGCUUUUUAUUCAUUUAUAUAACUCUUUCCUUCUGCUACACAUUUACACAGACACUUAGACAACAACACCAUCAUCCUCUGCUCCCAUGGCUCAUUCCGAUCCCAAUUCGCAUACCCCCCAAACCCUAAUCGACACUAAUGUUCUCGUCGCCAAAUCCCUUGCCCGAUUCGGCAUCGACCGCAUGUUCGGUGUGGUGGGCAUUCCCGUAACCUCGCUGGCUAACCGGGCCGUAGCGCUUGGCGUUCGAUUUAUCGCAUUUCACAAUGAGCAGUCUGCUGGGUACGCGGCCUCCGCCUAUGGCUACCUCAGUGGCCGGCCCGGAGUUCUUCUUACCGUCUCUGGCCCAGGCUGCGUUCAUGGCCUCGCCGGAAUGUCCAACGCCAUGGCCAACGCCUGGCCGAUGAUCAUGAUCUCUGGUUCGUGCGAUCAGAAAGAUUUCGGCCGCGGUGACUUCCAAGAGCUUGACCAAAUCGAAGCCGUGAAACCCUUUUCGAAGCUAUCCGUAAAAGCCAAAGACAUAAGGGAAAUCCCGGAGGCUGUGUUUCGGGUUCUCGAUUGUGCCGGUUCGGGUCGACCCGGAGCGUGUUAUUUGGAUCUUCCUUCUGAUGUUCUGCACCAGAUUAUUCCGAUAUCGGAAGCUGACGAUCUCUUGGCCGCUGUGGCCGAGAAUUUUGCCAGGCGAGAAUUGGUUCCGAGUUUGCCGAAUUCGGAGAUAGAGAAAGCAGUUUCGUUGCUUAGACAUGCUGAGAGACCUUUGAUUGUUUGCGGGAAAGGAGCCGCUUUUGCUCGCGCCGAAGAACCAUUGAAGAAGCUCGUUGAGAGCACUGGAAUCCCAUUUCUGCCUACUCCAAUGGGUAAAGGUUUGUUGCCUGAUAGUCACGAGCUGGCAGCCACCGCUGCGAGGUCUCUUGCUAUAGGUAAGUGUGAUGUUGCCCUUGUUGUUGGCGCUAGGCUUAAUUGGUUGUUGCACUUUGGAGAGCCUCCAAAGUGGUCCAAAGACGUGAAGUUUAUUUUGGUUGAUAUCUCUGAGGAAGAGAUUGAGAUGAGGAAACCUCAUUUGGGAUUGGUUGGAGAUGCCAAACGUGUGCUAGAAAUGAUCAAUAAGGAGAUCAAGGAUGACCCAUUUUGUUAUGGGAAGAGUCAUCCAUGGGUGGAAGCCAUAGCUAAGAAGACGAAAGAGAAUGUGUUAAAGAUGGAGGCUCAAUUGGCUAAGGACAUUGUGCCGUUUAAUUUCAUGACUCCAAUGAGAAUUAUUAGAGAUGCAAUCUUGGGAUUGGGUAGCCCUGCUCCUAUUUUGGUCUCGGAGGGGGCCAACACUAUGGAUAUUGGACGAGCGGUUUUGGUUCAGACGGAGCCCAGGACCAGGUUGGACGCUGGGACUUGGGGCACAAUGGGUGUUGGUCUGGGUUACUGUAUUGCAGCUGCUGUGGCCUCGCCUGAUAGGCUUGUUGUUGCGGCUGAAGGGGAUUCUGGGUUUGGGUUCAGUGCCAUGGAAGUUGAGACAUUGGUUCGAUAUCAGUUGCCUGUGGUUGUGAUUGUCUUUAACAACGGCGGAGUUUAUGGUGGUGACAGAAGGAACCCUGAAGAAAUUAGCGGCCCUUACAAAGAUGAUCCGGCACCCACAUCCUUUGUACCUAGUGCAGGAUACCACACACUGAUUGAAGCUUUUGGAGGGAAAGGUUAUCUUGUUGGGACUCCUGAACAACUAAAAUCUGCCCUUUCCGAGUCAUUCUCUGCUCGCAAACCAGCUGUUAUAAAUGUUAUGAUCGAUCCAUUCGCUGGUGCAGAGAGCGGAAGACUUCAGCACAAGAACUAGUGUAUCAUUGUUGUCUAUUCGUAUUUUCUGCCCUCCAAGUUGGAUUUGCAUGUCGAUUUGAUAAUAAUAUAGAGAGUUAUGCGUGAUAUCUACAAAAUUUACACUAAAAAUUUACACCUAUAAUAAUGUGACGUGUUUUUUAACUUAUAGUUGACUCAGUGUUCUUACUUUGAAAAACAUAAUUAAUUAAAAAGUAUGUCGCAUUAUUUAGUGUAAAUUUUGUAUUGAUAGCAUUAUUCUACUAUAGGUGUAUCAUUUGUGUUCAUAAUAUUAGCCUUUAUAAUUUCAA